AUGGCCCAUGCUUUCCAGGCACUCAAUUGUGCCUUUUCAAAAAAACACCGUGGAAUAGGAAGGGUGGUUGGUGCUCACAUGAUUGGAAUCACACUUUUGGUGGUUUCAGAAGUGUGGGGGCUGCAUGGAUCUAGUGGCUAUGACUUUACAUAA